AUGGUCCUCCAUAGAGUGGUGCUUGUUCUGCUGUCCAUGCUGCCACUCGUCCUCCUCACAGUCCUGCUGGCACCGAUUUCUGGUGAACUGGUGACUUUCUGCCUCGUCCUCUUAAUUGGCCAUGUGGCUUUCGAGCUUUUCAGGCCAGCAGGCUCUGUUUCUUCAUUCGGCUUACGUCUUUUGUUUAGCUACGUGCUCAAUGCACUCUGCCUCGUCUUUCUGGCUGGACAAGCAGCGUUACCCGAAAUCGAGGGUGGUGGCCGUGCACUCCGAUCUCCAGCUGCCUUCGCUGCGUCCCAAGAGAAAGCUCCUCUUGCCAGCACAGAUAGUACAGAUCGCACCGUGCCGAUCGCCACACUGUCGGUGGUGGUGCCAUGCGCCAACGAAAGCGCUUGGAACGCGCGGCACACCGUGCAUGCAAUUUGGGAAGCCACACCCCAAGCUGAGCUCUUGGAGAUCCUUUUGGUGGAUGAUGCCUCCAAGCCGAGUUUGGAGCGUGCACUACGGCAGUCACUACGGGCUCUUGGUGCUGACUACGCCUCGUCUCAAGGCUCUGACGGUUUUUUUGCGAAACACCGCGUGCGGAUCCUUCGAAAUUCCCAGCCACUGGGUUUGCUGCGCUCGAAGCAACGGGGGGCCAACGCGGCCACGGGGGAUGCCAUCAUCUUCCUGGACUGUCACGUGCGGCCAAUGGAACACUGGACUGAAGGUCUCCUAGAGCACCUUAAUGCCGACUGGCGACGAGUGGCCGUGCCCCUCAUGACGAGCUUAGACCCGGACACUUGGCAGGAACUUCAGCCCCCCAGAGGUGGCCAGAAGAUGUGCCUGACGUGGGCUGCCGAUUCUUUCUGGUGCGACGGCUGGCCUGGUGAUGCCGUUCCCUUGCUUUCGGGUGGCAUUUUGGCCCUUACAAGGCGCUGGUGGCAGUUCUCGGGCGGCCUGGGUCCUACUGAGUCUGUCAAGGAGGACGUGUGGCUGCAAGGAUGGGGCGGGGAGAACCUGGACCAGUCCCUGCGGACUUGGCUCUGCGGCGGUGAGAUCCGCGCCGCACAGAACUCCCGGGUGGCCCACCUCUGGCGUGACCAAGGUGGCGUCUCGGUUCACUCGCGAGCACCGGGCUACGUCUUCUCGGAAGCACAGGCUUUAAGAAACCGGCUUCGUGCAGCAGAGGCUUGGCUGGGGCCCUGGGCCUCGAAAACUCGGAGCUUCCCCGAGUUCCGCGAGCACCUCUUCCAUUCAAAAAGAAAGGCAAAGGCAAAGUCCCUUCAGAGUCUUCAGAGAGUCUCGCAAAGUGUCACAGAGGUCUCAGAGGACUCCUUGAAGCAGAGCCUUCAUGGCCUCCGAGAGCUACAGCGCCAGCUACGCUGUGCACCCUUCGAAGCCUACGUGAAACGCUUCCAAACGCUCUUCGAGCUUGUGGGGAUGCUGCCUCAAGCCGUCUUCCACCUGCAACUUGUGGAGGGCGGGCAAGGUGUUUCCCACGUUUCCCACGUUUCCCAUGUGCCCCUCUGCCUGACCGCGGAUCCCUACCGAAACUUCAGGCCUUUCCUGAGCCGCUGCAUCAGGGGCCUCACCUUCCAACGGUGGCAGUUCCGGCACCCAAGCGGCCCAACUGGCCCAACUGGCCCAAGAUCAGACUCAGAAACUCAAGAGACUCAAGAGGCAACGGAGUCGGACAUGUCGGACGCAGGGCAGAGAACAUCACUCUUGAAGCUUUGGGACUACGAUGUCUGCUUGGCUUGGUACGGCGCCGACUUCCAGACUGGAAUGUGUUCCUUCUUCCAGACAUCUGGAUAUCAGGAGUUUAUGUUCACGGAUGGUUUGAUCACGGUUCCGACAGCAGCAGCAGCGGAACUGGCUCCACAGUGCCUGGCACGAGCUCCACUCGAGCAGCCCGCACUCCUGCACCGACACCGAAGUCACCAGAAUUACCAAGCACAAUCGCUGCCCCUUCUUGCCGGGAAUGCUGGUUCCUGGCGCUUCGUGGGGCAUUGGUGUCUGGCACGGCCAAGAGAUGACACACGGGAGCUCGCGGAGCUCUUCCUGUCUCCUUGCACGGAGCUCCAGGCCGAAGACCGAGCGACGCUGGAAGAGCUGGAAGAGCAGGGAGAAAAUAGAGAAAAUAGAGAAAAUAGAAUGGAAGAGCUGGAAGAGGGCCUCAGCGGCUUCCCGCGACUGCUUCGCAUUGCUGGUGAUGGCCGAUGCUUGGCUGCGCAGGGCUCCAGAUUGGUGGCGUCACAUUGCAAAGACACGCAAAACCAGCUCUUUUGGGUGCAGAACGGUCAGCCGUUGUGCAAGGGUACUCCUUCCAUGAAGCAAUGCCUGCAGGGUUCAGAGAAUGUCCCGGGCGAUAUGGCUCUGGAGCCGUGUGCCAACAUCGCCCAGAUCUUGGAGCAAAGACAGCUGUUUCUUCGAGAGCCGAGCCCACACAGCCCUGGUUUCUUCUCCUUGCGCCAGGGCCGCUGGUGCCUAGGUGCAGUCUCCCGAACGGGAUCCCGCUGGGAAGGAUCGGAACGACAGUUGGCCUUGGUUUCUUGUGACACAAGAAAGACUCAGAAGGCCACCCCCAAAAGUGCGGCCGCCGCUGCAUCCGAAAUCAGGGGGUUGUGGAGUCUGGCCGAUGGCGCGCUGGUUUGGAGCGAAAUCCACGGCCCCUCGCGCUCUUCGCGCUCUUCGCGAUCUCGCUGGUGCCUCACAGCAGAGCGCCUGGUGCCCUUGGCUGAGCCGAGUGCUAGUAGUGCUAGUAGUGCUCAGUACCGUCCUUGGGGAGGCUUCCAUGCCCAGCUGCGACGGUGUCUCUUCGAGGACUAUAGUCAGCGUUUCGAGGUCUUCAAUGGCAGCGUCUUCGUUCCCGGCCACGUUGCCGAUCAGGGCCGGAGCCGAUUCCCGGCUUUGUGUCUUGCAACGUCUGAGUCGUCUGCGAAGUGGAGGGCGCUCCGAGCCGAUCCCUGCAACCGACGCCACUCACUUCUCUGGCGCAAGCUGUACCAAGAGGUGAGAACCACAUCCACUUCCACAGAGAAUGACCGGAGAACGGUCGGCACGACGGUCGACACUGGAGCCAAUGCUGGCCCGGGUCCGGCAAGAUACACAUCCAAAGUGAAGCUUCAGAUCCGUACCUUCCAAGGUGGUGAGCACUUCUUGGAGGUGGAUCCAGAGGAGACGGUGGCCGACGUAAAGGUCCACCUGCAGAAUAUGCUGGGUGUACCGUCGGCAACGCAGAGACUGCUGCAGAUGGGUCGCGAGUUGAACGAUGCUGAGCAGUUGCGGGGAACUGCCGGAAGUGCUGGUGCUGGCCCGAGAGCCUCCCACCUCCCGUCAGUGUUUCCCAGGGCUCCAACAGUGCUCCAGCGUGUGCCACUUGCAAUUAGCACAGCGAGAGAUGCGCCAGGCAGCGAGCUCAUGGCUUUGCCCUUGAUAUAUUCUAUAGAUUCCUACAUGCAGGACCCGCGACGAGAGCUGAUUGAGGCCGUGUUUCGAGCGCUGGACGUGGCCGGGAAGGGCUACUUGACAGCAGGGGACAUGCGGCCCUUUGCAGAGCAGACCGGCUUCAGUGGCAGCGACCAGGAGUGGCAGCAGGAGUUUGAUGUCCUGUGCCGUGAGCGGGGUUCCACACAUGGGAUCAGAUUGGAUGCUUUCGCGACCCUGGUGAACGACUCGUCCGAUGACGGGUGCUAUUGUUCUGACAGCGAGUUGCGCAACCUGCUUCGGCCACAGACGCGGCCUGACCCGCGACGAGAGCUGAUUGAGGCCGUAUUUCGAGCGCUGGACGUGGCCGGGAAGGGCUACUUGACAGCAGGGGACAUGCGGCCUUUUGCAGAGCAGACCGGCUUCAGUGGCAGCGACCAGGAGUGGCAGCAGGAGUUCGAGCUCCUGUGCCGUGAGCGGGGUUCAACACAAGGGAUCAGACUGGAUGCUUUCGCGACCCUGGUGAACGACUCGUCCGAUGAGGGGUGCUAUUGCUCCGACAGCGAGCUGCGAAACCUGUUGCAGCCACAGACGUGGGCCGUUCCUCCCAAAUCGCCUGCACCCACAGCAAAAUCCAAAGCAGUACAGCCGACUCGACCGGCAGGCACUCCUCCACAGGACCCGCGACGAGAGCUGAUUGAGGGCGUAUUUCGAGCGCUGGACGUGGCCGGGAAGGGCUACUUGACAGCAGGGGACAUGCGGCCCUUUGCAGAGCAGACCGGCUUCAGUGGCAGCGACCAGGAGUGGCAGCAGGAGUUUGAUGUCCUGUGCCGUGAGCGGGGUUCGACACAUGGGAUCAGAUUGGAUGCUUUUGCGACCCUGGUGAACGACUCGUCCGAUGAGGGGUGCUAUUGUUCUGACGACGAGUUGCGAAACCUGCUGCAGCCACAGACGCGGCCUGUUCCUCCCAAAGCGCCAGCGCCCGCAGCAAAAUCCAAAGCAGUACAGCCGACUCGACCGGCAGGCACUCCUCCACAGGACCCACGACGAGAACUGAUUGAGGCCGUGUUUCGAGUGCUGGACGUGGCCGGUAAGGGCUACUUGACAGCAGGGGACAUGCGGCCUUUUGCAGAGCAGACCGGCUUCAGUGGCAGCGACCAGGAGUGGCAGCAGGAGUUCGAGCUCCUGUGCCGCGAGCGGGGUUCAACAAAUGCCAUCAGAUUGGAUGCUUUCGUGACGCUGGUGAACGACUCGUCCGAGGACGGUUGCUAUUGCUCUGACAGCGAGUUGCGAAACCUGCUGCAGCCGCAGACGCGUGCUGUUCCUCCCAAAGCGCCUGCGCCUGCGGCAAAGUCCAAAGCAGCACAGCCGACUCCACCGGCAGGCGCUCCUCCACAGGACCCACGACGAGAGCUGAUUGAGGCCGUGUUUCGAGCGCUGGACGUGGCCGGGAAGGGCUACUUGACAGCAGGGGACAUGCGGCCCUUUGCAGAGCAGACCGGCUUCAGUGGCAGCGACCAGGAGUGGCAGCAGGAGUUUGAUGUCCUGUGCCGUGAGCGGGGUUCCACACAUGGGAUCAGAUUGGAUGCUUUUGUGACCCUGGUGAACGACUCGUCCGAUGACGGGUGCUAUUGUUCUGACAGCGAGCUGCGAAACCUGCUGCAGCCACAGACGCGUCCUGUUCCUCCCAAAGCGCCAGCGCCCGCAGCAAAAUCCAAAGCAGCACAGCCGACUCCACCGGCAGGCACUCCUCCUCCACAGGAUCCGCGACGAGAGCUGAUCGAGAAGGUGUUUCGAGCGCUGGACGUGGCCGGGAAGGGCUACUUGACAGCAGGGGAGAUGCGGCCCUUUGCAGAGCAGGCCGGCUUCAUUGGGAGCGACCAGGAGUGGCAGCAAGAGUUUGACCUCCUCCGUCGUGAGCGGGGCUCAUCACAAGGGAUCCGACUGGAUGCUUUCGCGACUCUGGUCAAUGAUCAGUCAGAUGAGGGGUGCUAUUGUUCUGACGACGAGUUGCGAAACCUGCUGCAGCCACAGACGCGUGCUGUUCCUUCCAAAGCGCCUGCACCAGCAGCAGAGCCGAAAGCAGCAAUGCCCACACUGCCAGCAAGCACUCCUCCACAGGAUCCGCGACGAGAUCUGAUCGAGGAGGUGUUUCGAGCACUAGACAGGGCCAGGAAGGGCUAUUUGACAGCAGGGGAGAUGCGGCCCUUUGCAGAGCAGACCGGCUUCACUGGCACUGACUUGGAGUGGCAGCAGGAGUUUGAUCUCCUUUGCAGUGAGCGGGGUUCAUCACAAGGGAUCCGACUGGAUGCUUUCGCGACUCUGGUCAAUGAUCAGUCAGAUGAGGGGUGCUAUUGUUCUGACGACGAGUUGCGAAACCUGCUGCAGCCACAGACGCAGGCUGUUCCUUCCAAAGCGCCUGCACCAGCAGCAGAGCCGAAAGCAGCAACGCCCACGCUGCCAGCAAGCACUCCUCCACAGGAUCCGCGACGAGAGCUGAUCGAGGAGGUGUUUCGAGCACUAGACAGGGCCAGGAAGGGCUAUUUGACAGCAGGGGAGAUGCGGCCCUUUGCAGAUCAGACCGGCUUCACUGGCACUGACUUGGAGUGGCAGCAGGAGUUUGAUCUCCUUUGCAGUGAGCGGGGUUCAUCACAAGGGAUCCGACUGGAUGCUUUCGCGACUCUGGUCAAUGAUCAGUCAGAUGAGGGGUGCUAUUGUUCUGACGACGAGUUGCGAAACCUGCUGCAGCCACAGACGCGGGCCGUUCCUUCCAAAGCGCCUGCACCAGCAGCAGAGCCGAAAGCAGCAAUGCCCACGCUGCCAGCAAGCACUCCUCCACAGGAUUCGCGACGAGAGCUGAUCGAGGAGGUGUUUCGAGCACUAGACAGGGCCAGGAAGGGCUAUUUGACAGCAGGGGAGAUGCGGCCCUUUGCAGAGCAGACCGGCUUCACUGGCACUGACUUGGAGUGGCAGCAGGAGUUUGAUCUCCUUUGCAGUGAGCGGGGUUCAUCACAAGGGAUCCGACUGGAUGCUUUCGCGACUUUGGUCAAUGAUCAGUCAGAUGAGGGGUGCUAUUGUUCUGACGACGAGUUGCGAAACCUGCUGCAGCCACAGACGCGGGCUGUUCCUUCCAAAGCGCCUGCACCAGCAGCAGAGCCGAAAGCAGCAACGCCCACGCUGCCGGCAAGCACUCCUCCGCAGGAUCCGCGACGAGAGCUGAUCGAGGAGGUGUUUCGAGCACUAGACAAGGCCAGGAAGGGCUAUUUGACAGCAGGGGAGAUGCGGCCCUUUGCAGAUCAGACCGGCUUCCCUGGCACUGACUUGGAGUGGCAGCAGGAGUUUGAGCUGCUCUGCCGUGAGCAGGGCUCAUCACAAGGGAUAAGAUUGGACGCCUUCGCGGCCCUUGUGAACGACCCGUCCGAGGAGGGUUGCUACCUUUCAGACAGCGAGCUUGGCCAACUACGUGAGCGAUUGCAGUCAAAGCCGGACACGCUUGCCCCUGUCCCACGUGCAACGGCAGCAAACCCACGAAGGGAACGGAUUGAGGCUGCUUUUCGAGCGAUGGACACAGCAGGAAAGGGCUUCUUGACAGCAAGGGACAUGCGGCCCUUUGCAGAGCAGACCGGCUUCACUGGCACUGACUUGGAGUGGCAGCAGGAGUUCGAUCUCCUUUGCCGUGAGCGGGGUUCAUCACAAGGGAUCCGGCUGGAUGCUUUCGCGACUCUGGUCAAUGAUCAGUCAGAUGAGGGGUGCUACUGUUCGGACAGUGAGCUUGAUGAGCUGCUCAAUUCGCUUUGA